ACGGUACGUCUGCCCCAGUCGGCUAGCUAGAUGUAGCCCAGAUAUAAAUUAGACAAAGAAAGCUUGUCUUGUUGGAAGACUGGGUGAAAAAAAGAGUUUAAAACAUCGGACGGUGAAAGAAGUGGCCGUGAUACAGAGCUGCAUACGUUAGUUAACACAUAUGGAAGUAUGAAAAUGAAAGAGUGGGACCUGAAGAUUUGGCCAUGAAGGAUCCAGUGGUAACUUAGAUAAACCUCAUCUUUGUAUAUUUCAACCACUCAAAAGUGCUUUAAGGACUUCGGUGGUUCCUCUAAGCUGGUGAUGUCACGGGUUCCCACCCCUCCUCCACCUGGGGAGAUGUCAAGUGGACCUGUGGCAGAGAGCUGGUGUUACACACAGGUCAAAGUUGUGAAGUUUUCCUACAUGUGGACCAUCAACAACUUUAGUUUUUGCAGAGAAGAGAUGGGGGAGGUAUUGAAGAGCUCAACCUUCUCCUCUGGUCCUAAUGACAAGAUGAAAUGGUGUCUGCGAGUCAAUCCAAAGGGACUUGAUGAUGAAAGCAAAGAUUAUCUGUCAUUGUAUUUACUUCUUGUUAGUUGUCCAAAAAGUGAAGUCAGAGCGAAGUUCAAAUUUUCCUUGUUGAACGCUAAAAGAGAGGAGACGAAAGCAAUGGAAAGCCAAAGAGCAUAUCGAUUUGUCCAAGGCAAAGACUGGGGCUUCAAAAAAUUCAUCAGGAGAGAUUUCCUGCUCGAUGAAGCCAAUGGUCUCCUGCCAGAUGACAAGCUCACACUCUUCUGUGAGGUGAGUGUUGUCCAGGACUCGGUGAACAUUUCUGGCCAGUCCAACAUGAACAUGCUGAAGGUACCGGAGUGUCAGCUGUCGGACGACCUGGGGAACCUGUGGGAGUGUUCACGCUUCACAGACUGCAGCCUCUACGUGGGAGGGCAGGAGUUCAAAGCCCACAAAUCCAUUCUGGCAGCGAGGUCCCCCGUCUUUAAUGCGAUGUUUGAACAUGAAAUGGAAGAGAGUAAAAAGAACCGCGUUGACAUCAGUGACGUGGACCCAGACGUCUUCAAGGAAAUGAUGGGCUUCAUUUACACAGGAAAGGCUCCAAACCUGGAGAAAAUGGCAGACAAUUUGCUGGCAGCUGCAGAUAAAUACGCUCUGGAGCGUUUAAAGGUCAUGUGUGAAGAGGCCUUGUGCAACAGCCUUUCGGUGGAGAACGUGGCCGACACCCUCAUCCUAGCAGACUUGCACAGUGCCGAGCAGCUCAAAGCACAAGCCAUAGAUUUUAUCAACAGGUGCAGUGUCCUGAGACAGCUGGGCUGUAAAGAUGGGAAGAACUGGAAUAGCAAUCACGCUACAGACAUAAUGGAGACUGCAGGCUGGAAGUCAAUGAUCCAAUCUCACCCUCACUUGGUAGCCGAGGCCUUUCGCGCCCUGGCUUCAGCACAAUGCCCACCCUUCGGUCUUCCCAGGAAGCGUCUAAAACAGUCCUGACUGUCCUGCUGUGCCCUAGGACUUUACUGGAGGUGUGAAGCUUGGGUUUACAAAGGAAGGACUCGGAAGGGUACCGCUCUGUUUCCACAAACACCCGACCCACUUGAACAGAGAAGAGUGGAACUUUCUGGAUGGAGAGGUGGGAGGCUGGCACGUGGACGACUGACAUCAAUGGAUUGGAAAAAUUGGUUCAAUCGGUGGUGUUUGCUUGCCUUGCUGCCCCAGCUGGACUCUGUUCAGCUUGGGUAGCAAGUCAAGUUGUCUGCUACUGUUUUUUUUCCUGUAAUUUUCAAAAUGGCCUUAAUAUAUCUGCCAUUGCUCUGGAGCUGCUCUAGAGUACUUUGUCUAUUUUACUCUGUGCCUGCCUUGUCACAAAGACCAGGCCUCCUCCAGAUUGCACUAGUUCCCAUGAAUAUAGUCAUUUUGAUAUGGAGUUCUAUAGGAACGUAACAAGGGUUUAAUUAAAUGGGAAAUAUUAUAUAUUUGUAAUGUUUAGCCCAUUUUGCGACUAGACAUUAAAAAAGCGUGAACACUUUCAGUGCAAGGUCAGUUCUUUACACUUUUUAAAAGAUGAGUAUGCCCCAUAUUGAUGGCACCAUUUCUAUGUAAAUGACAGUUGAACCAUCUUCAGAAGACCAGUGUACAAGAAAGUCUGUUCUAUUGCAUAUUUGUGGAAAAAAAAAUAGUAAUCUGCCAUUAUGAAGACCCUGUAUUAAUUGCUAUAAUGUAUGUGAGACAGAAAAGUGUCUAUACUCUGGCCCUAACCUAUUAAACCAUUGGAAGUAUAUGGAAGUAUUUACCCAGUCUCCCAUUUGAUUGACAUAUUCCAGAUCAUAAGUCUGUGAACUGUUCUAGAUGAAAUUUCGAGAUCUUAGCUUUCCAUAGUAUUGCCAACUUGCAAAUAUUAUAUAUUCUCAAUAUCUUGUGGUUAACAAAAAGUGGAGAGACUAAUGCAUGGUCCUGUUAUUGUUGAAAAGAAAGUGUCCAAGUACCAAUUUUGUUUUGAACAAUUUAUUUUCUGCAAUUAUCUGAAAAAUAUUUGUGCAGAAUUAAAUGAAUUGAGUAUGCGCAAAAUUUCCUCUUAACAUGCUUGGAUUGUGUAGGAUGCUGAGCAUCACUUCCAUUGGCAAUGUUAUUUUCUGUGUUCGGAGGGGUGGGGGUGGGGGGGUCACAUGUUGGUUCAGUCUGUCCUGUGUAGUGUGGUAUGACAGACGUUUCAGAGGAUUUUGUAAAUUAAGAGUAGCAUCAUUUUUACAUGAUAUUACUCAUCAUUCAGUGUCAUGUUGAGAUGUUGAAACUUUUCCUUUUUUUGAAGAAAAAAGAUGAAGUUGUCUGCAAGAAUGCCUGCAUUAACCCAUUAAAACAUUUUCCAGCAGUG